AUGUCUAUCAUAAUAGAAUGUACUCAUGUUGAGAUUGCUACUCUUACUACUACUACUACUACUACUACUACUACUACUACUACUACUACUACUACUACUACUACUACUACUACUACUACUACUACUACUACUACUACUACUACUACUACUACUACUACUACUACUACUGCUACUACCAUCACUACUACCUCUGUGUUUGAACACAUGAAAUAUAUUAUUUAG